GCCCAGGCAGGCUCCUUCAAGGAGCCCGACGCCGACGAUUACGACCGCCUCAAGGACUACGGUAUCGACGACAUCAUCGAGGUCUGCGCCUUGAGCGGGCCGCCUCGGCGGGGUAAAGAUCAGGAGACGGGCCCAUUCGCCUUGUCUCUGAAGCCUCUCGGGGGCCGGCCCCGGGCCCCGCCCCCCAACGAGUACGGCUUCUUCCGGGAGGGUUGCUUGCUGGGGGCGUCCAAGGAGAGCUUCGGCAAGGUGCUCAACCAGGAUUUCCAGCAGGACGGGAGCUCAGGGUGCGUGCACUUCUGCUGCUAUGACAGGCCGGAGGUAUGCCCAGAGGCGUGGGGCUCCCGGCAGGUCUACCACGUCGGGAAGUGGCGGCACCGGGAGGACAACAACAACGGCAAGGACUACUUCAGCCUCCCGGAGGAGCUCGGAAUCCCUGGGCAGGAGCUCAAGGGGAGGCUCGACAAGCUCAAAAACGAUCUCGACCGGCGGACUCGGAGCGAGGAUCGUCGGUCUCGGAGCCGCCGCGGCGAGCCCCGGAAGGCGAAGAAGAGCUUCGCAGAGGGCCUGUACGAACGUGCUGCCGACCAGCAUGCCAGUGGCGCGACCCUGCCCAAAGAUACGGUGAGGGAGGAGGAGUUGGAGAAGCUGCUCCGGAAGGCUUUCGCGGACAAGGGCGAUGAGGAGACGGAUUUUCCUUCGGCCCCUCCCAGAGCGCACAUCGACUUGGCAGUCUUUGCGCGCCGGUACCCGGGUGUGCUGCUCCAGAGGGCCCUGCAGGAGAUGCAGCGGUACCUGGCACCUCUGGGGGGGGCGUCCGCGGCGGCGAGCAGCGAGCAGCAGCACGGCAAGAUCACGCAGUACCUCAUCAGCGUCUUCUUCCAGCGUUACGGCGUGGAGACGAUCGGCAUCCGCAAUGUGCGGGAGCUCCGCACGAUCAGCGAAUGCUUGGACGCCCUCCUGGACGGGGACCUCCCACGGCUGGGAGACGUGCUCGUGCAGCGAUUCAAGGCUUUGGAGACGGCGGUCAGCGACGGGGGCUGGUCGAUCGCGCGGCACCAGGAGCUCAUCCCCAGCUCCGACGUGGGGCUGGCCAGCGAGAGGGAGCGGGCGGCCGCCAUGCGCAUAGAGCUGGACAGGGUCAAGCUCGCGGAGGCCGCCACGAGGGCAAAGGCGCACGACGUGGGCGCCAAGCGCAGAUCGAGAGAGGAGGGCGCCCGUGAUUCUGACCCCUGCCUCGGCGACAGCCCCAUGGCGCCACUGACAGGGGAGCUCCACGAACUUGGGGCCGCGGCGUCAGGUGGCAAGACGAUGGGUCAGCUGGGCAGGCACAUCCUCCAGGCUGCUCGGCGGCGCGGCUCCCCCUACGGCGAGUGCGUGAGGCGACAGCUCACCGGCCAGCUAUGGCAGGGAGGCAAGCGACAGCGAGAUGUCCUUCCUCUCCCUGUCCCGUGGGGGGACGACGCUGUCGAGAUGGCCAUGGAACAGCUGGAUGGGCGGUCGCUCCCGUCCAGUUGGCAUCAGGGGCGUGACGAGCGAGCUCGGCUUGCAGGCAUCGGCAGCUGGGUCAUCCUCGUCAUAUCGGCCCUCAACUUCCUGUACGCGGGGGCGGACAAGCUCGUGGACCUGCGCCGGCGCGCGGGGCCGGCCAACCAAUCCCAGAUCAGAGCUCUCGAGAAGAUCAAGGAGGCGUGCACUUAUCACGUCGACCGCCGCUCCGAAGAGACAGGGGCGUUCGGACGGUCGCCGAAGAUCGACUUCGACCAGAUGCUCGGCAGGAAGCGGCUCUCUUACGAGGGCCACGAGGUCUCGAUGCCGGAGAAGCUCACGCUGCAGGAGCUCCUCCCUGGCUUGCCGCCGCGCGGCGAGGCCGCCUCAGUCGACCCUUUGGAGUUUGCGUCCGAGGAGGUCGUUCACGCGCUGCUUCACCCUGAGCUGGUGUGCAAUGUGGGCGGCCACUGUGGUCCCCAGCCGCCGGCGAAAGUACAUGCUGAGGCAGCUGAUUGGGACGUCAUCGUCAAGGAGUUGCUGGAGCGUGGGGUCCUCGAAGAGAUCCCGCACGACGCCAUCGCGAGGGUCGGGGGUCAACCCAUCCUGAACGGCGCCUUCGGGGUCGUGAAGAGCGGCACGCCCAUGCCGCCAGCCACGAGGGUCCUGCGGCUCAUCAUCAACAUGGUCCCAAGCAACCGGGUCCAGGUGCCGAUCCUCGGUGACAUCAAGCUCCUGCCCGUGGGCGGAGAGCACCACGUCACCGUCAUCGAGGACGGGGAGUUGCUCGUUUGGUCAAGUGAGGACAUCAAAGGAUGUUUCCACGUGUUUAAGUUGCCGGCAUGUUGGCGACCUUGGAUGGCGCUCUCGCGGCCCGUUGCCCCGGCGGCCCUCGGUAGGGCCACAGGGCCCCCGAUCUGGGUGUCGGUGGCGGCUGUGCCGAUGGGGUGGCUAUCCGCCGUCGGCAUCGUGCAACACCUCACGAGGCGCAUCGUCACGGGCGGCACGCUGACCAACACCAGCCUCGACGAGUCCGCGGAGCUCCGGCGCGACGCACGAUUUCCUCUGCGUCUCCAGCACUUGCCACGGAUGUGGUGGAAGGUCUACAUCGACAACGUUGACAUCGCCGAGGUGAUGGUGCAAGGCGAGGCUGAGGACCUCCAGGGGACUCUCAGCGUCGAGCAGGUCGCCGUUCGGGAUGCCCUUGCCCAGUGGGGCAUUCGCCGGAACGAGGACAAGACAGUCGAGCGGUCUUUCCUUGCAACGUCGAUGGGGUCAGCCGUGGAUGGGCGGCGCGGGCGCGUGAGCCCCACCUUCGAGAAGCUCCUUCUCCACCUCGCUCUCACAUGCUGGGUGCUCGCACGGCCCGACUGCAAGGCGAUCUGGCUUGCCGCUGCCGCUGGCCGGUGGUGUUUCGAUUUCGGGCAUCGGCGGCCGGCCUUCGGCGCAUUCGAUCGCAUCUGGAAGGAGAUGUCAGAGUGGCGAGGGCGGCACCCCAUAUCGCGUACCUCUGGGGAUGAGCUGUACAUUGCCAUGGCUAUUUCCCCUCUGCUAUUCGCUGACCUCCGGGCCGUCCUGCAUCCGGAGCCGCUCGCGACCGACGCCUCAGAGUACGGUGGCGGGACGUGUGUCGGGGCAUCGCUCACGCCAAAGGGCUGGGCAGCGGCCCAGACGGAGGCCGGGCCGGCGUGGCCAGAGAGCGGCCCAGUUUCGGAGACUGCUGCGAAAAAGUAUGUAGUUCACGGUCUGUUGCGGCAAGCUGACCACCGCGGGAGCGAUGUGCGGCUGGACUUGGGUCUGCCGUUCCGCCCGAGCGCGUGGCCGCGGGCUCCGAUAGACGUCGAACGAUGGCAGUGGCAAACUGUCCUGAGCCACGCUUGGCGCCGGCAGGGCCGCCACAUUAAUGAGCUCGAGUUGGCCGAGGUCCUGCUUGCUGUGAAAUGGUUUUGCCGCAGGGCGGACCGGCUCGGAAGCAGGGUCGCCAUUUUGGUGGACUCUCAGGUCACUCUUGCAGUUUGCGCCAAGGGGCGGUCAUCCUCGAGGCGUUUGAACCACCUGUUGCGACGUCUUGAUGCGUAUUGCCUAGCUGCCUUCCUGUGGCCAUUCUUUGGCUACGUAGCGAGCAAGGCCAACCCGGCCGACGGGCCGCGGGGGACCCUGCAUCCAGCCAUGAGUCCUAAGCAGGUCGCCGCGGCCACGAGGAAGGCUGGGCGCGCCGCUUCGCGCGCCUCUCUCGGCAAGCUUCAAGACCAGGUAGUCACAGCCGGGACUCUUGCCCGGUAUCGGCAACAGGUGAAAGGUUUCUUAAUUUGGCGAUCGGCCGAGCUCGAUGACCCGAGUGUUGAGGCCGAUCUCGAUGAGCAGCUCAUGGCUUACAUUGAAGUGCUGUGGGCAGAGGGCGACCCCAAAGCCUAUGCAAAUGAUUUGGUUGCGGGGAUCCAGCAUUUCAUGCCCCGGUACAGGAGAGCUCUGAACGGUAGCUGGCGGCUCCUGGGGGCGUGGGCCCGGGCUGAACUACCAGUCAGGGCCCCCCCUCUCAGUAAAAAGGUUGCCUUGGGUAUCGCCGGCUACGCGGCCGUCCAGCGAAGCUACGCCUUAGGAGUUCUAUGGCUUGUUGGCUUCCACUGUUGCCUCCGCUCAGGUGAGAUGUUCGCCCUGCGAGCUGGCGACAUCAUUUUUGGGCAGGGCUCCAACUACGCCGUGCUCAACUUAAGGCUCACCAAGACCGGGGCGCGGCAGGGCGCUCAAGAGUCGGUCACAAUUUCUGACAGUAUCGUGGCCGCUCAUUUGCAGCGUGUCGUGCGUGAUUUGCCACCUGGGCAGUUGGUGUGCAGCUUGUCAGGCCCGUCGCAGCGGCAGAUUUUCCGCGAGAUAUGCCGAGAACUGCAGCUGGACGAACACGGGUAUGGCAUGUAUUCUUUCCGGCGAGGCUCAGCCUGGCUGGAAGAUGUUUUCCGGGCGCUGUCUCCUCUCCUGCCCCUGUGGGCGCUCCUGGCAGUGGCUGGGAGGGCCCCGGUGGGCGAGAGG